CUUAAAUUUUUAAUCAUGAAAUAUUUACUAUUCUUAGCAAUCAUUUUAGUAGCUUUGGCUAAAAGACACCAUUAACCUGAUGUUGUAUUAGAAUGCCUUUAAGGAGAUUGUAGAUAAGAAUUUGAAGUUUGCGACAACUCUACAGGUUGUAUGAAAUAACUGAAAAAAUGCAUGAAAGUAUAAGAAAGAGAUCCAUUGAAUUACUCUGCUGUAUAUUUAUAAUAUAACAAAUUAGGGAUAUGAAUGUUUAGAGAGAUAAGGAGAUGCAUUGAAUGCCUUUGAAUGCAUUUUUACUAAAUGCCUAGGUUUACAUGGAGGAUGAGAUUAUUUUAAAAUCAAAAC